AUGCGUUCCUUCAUCCUUGGCAGUGCCUUCGCCGGCGCUGCGCUCGCCGCAAACUCGACGACUCUGGCGACGUCAACCCUGACAACCGCCACCGCGACGACCGCAAGCAGUUCCACGUCUGCGACAAGCGCAGCAGCCGGCCUCAAGUGGUUCGGCAUAAACCUGAGCUCCGCCGAGUUCGGGUCGGGCACCUAUCCCGGAACAUGGGGGACUGAGUUCACGUUCCCCGAUGACACCGCCGUCUCCACUCUCAUAAGCGACGGUUACAACAUCUUCCGCGUCGCCUUCUCCAUGGAGCGCAUCGUGCCAACCGAGCUCACCGGCGCGGCCGAUGCCGCGUACCUGGCCAACCUCACCGAAACCGUGAGCCACAUCACGGACUCGGGCGCCUACGCGGUGCUCGACCCGCACAACUUCGGGCGCUACUACGGCGACAUCAUCACCGACACGGCGGGCUUCGGGACCUUCUGGACGACACUCGCGACGGCCUUCGCCGACAACGCCAACGUCAUCUUCGACACCAACAACGAGUACCACGACAUGGACCAGACUUUGGUGCUGAACCUCAACCAGGCCGCCAUCGACGGCAUCCGCGCCGCCGGCGCCACCUCGCAGACCAUCUUCGUCGAGGGCAACAGCUACACGGGCGCGUGGACGUGGAACACGACCAACACGAACCUGGCCGACCUCACGGACCCGCAGAACCUGCUCGUCUACGAGAUGCACCAGUACCUCGACUCGGACGGGUCGGGCACGGUCGAGGCGUGCGUGUCGGCCGACAUCGGCGUGCAGCGCGUCGUGGGCGCGACGACCUGGCUGCGCGACAACGGCAAGGUCGGCAUCAUCGGCGAGUUCGCCGGCGGCGCCAACGACGUGUGCGAGUCGGCCAUUACGGGCAUGCUCGACCACCUCGCGGCGAACAGCGACGUGUGGACCGGCGCCAUGUGGUGGGCUGCUGGCCCCUGGUGGGGCGACUACAUCUUCUCCUUCGAGCCGCCGAGUGGUACGGCUUAUACCUACUACAACUCGCUGCUGGAGACUUACACGGCUUGA